AUGUCACCAAGACCAGAGAGUAUCAAGAAAGUAAUGGAUGUAUUAGGUGAUUUUAAUCCAUCAGAAGAUAAAAUUAAGAAAACAUUGGGUAUAGACGAAGAUGAAAUGAGGAUGAUUAACGAAGAGAAAAACACCGUAAUUUCACCAGCAAAAGAUAGAAUCCCAAUAAAUAGAAAAUUAACUAAAAAAGCUCAAGAUACAUUAGGAAUUAAUUUAUCAAAAGAAAAAUUAAUGGAUGUUUUAGGAGUUGAUGAAAAUACAAUAAAUUGUGCAGCAUCAGAAGAGAGUGAACAUAAAGAGAAUAAAAUCAAAUUAAAAAGAGAGAAUUCAAUUACAACAAAUAAAAGAUCAUUACAAAAAGCACUUUCAAAAAUGGGUAUAGAUGCAUCAUCUGUAAAAUUAACAAGAACCUUGGGUGUCCCUAAAAAUGAGCUACCAAAUCCAUCAAACAAAGAUACUACCUUCAAAUCUUCAUCAUUACAAUUUUUAUUUUUUAUAGCAGUUGGUAUACUUUUAAUUGCAUUGGCUUUUAUUUUAAAACAAAGAGGAAAUAUAAUGAAUUUUAAAAAUAUUAUGCAACAACAACUACAACAACAACAACCAUCUCAUACUCAAUUUAAUACAAAUCAACAUCAUCACCACCAUCAUCAUUUUGAUAAUUAA